AUGCCUCGUGGUCACAAGAGUAGGCUCCGUGCUCGUGAGAAGCGCCGUCAAAACAGAGCUGAGACCCAAAGUCUUAAGAGUGCUGAGGGCACUAAUGGAAAGGAAGAAGAGGCUGCUUGCUCCUCCUCUUCUGUCCUGGAGGACCCUCCCUUGAGCUCCACUGGUGCUGGCCCUCUCCGGGCACCUUCGAGCACCCCAGUCUCCACUGGUGCUGCUGCAGGUGUUUCAUGUGAAAGAUCUGCUGGGAAAGCUAAGGGCCGUGUUCAUAAAAGUAAAAAUUCUUCUGGGGCUUCAACUUCCACUGGGAGCCCUGGCAAAGAUCUUCUAAGGAAGAAGGCUACUCAGUUGGUGGAGUACCUGAUGUAUCAGUAUAAAAUGAAAGAGUCCAUUAAGAAGGCAGACAUGCUGAAGGUAGUACACAAAUGGUACAGAAAGGACUUCCCUGAGAUUCUCAGGAAAGCCUGUGAGCGCAUAGAUCUGUUUUUUGGCCUAGAAUUGAAAGAAGUCAAGCCCAACAGUAACUAUUACAUACUUGUUGACAGUCAUGAUGACACCAGCAAUGGGAGUCUGAGCAGAGGCUGGAGAUUUCCUUUGAAAGGGAUUCUAAUGCCUCUCCUGAGCGUGAUCUUCCUCAAUGGCAACCGCGCCUCCGAGGAGGAGAUCUGGGAAUUCCUGAAUACGUUGGGCAUCUAUGAUGGAAAAAGUCACUUAAUUUUUGGGGAGCCCAAGAAGCUUAUCACCCAAGAUUUGGUGCAGGAAGAAUACCUGGUGUACCAGCAGGUGCUCAACAGUGAUCCUCCACGCUACGAGUUCCUGUGGGGUCCAAAAGCCCUAGCUGAGAGCAGCAAGAUGAAAGUCCUAGAGUUUUUGGCCAAGCUCAAUGAUAGUGAUCUCACAGCCUUCCCAUGUUAUUAUGAAGAGGCUUUGAAAGAUGAGGAAGAGAGAGCCCAAGCCAGACCCCAGGCUGAAACCAGGGCUGGCAGUCCUUCCAAGGCCAGCAGUCACCCCACAGCCACAUCCAGCCACUACCCCCACCCUGAGUGA